AUGACAGUGUUCUCCAAAACUGUUAGCUUUAAUGAUCUGGUUCCUCUGUUGCCAGCACUGGAACUACCAGACACGCUAAAAAUGUUAUUUUCAUACCGAAACUUUGUCCAUGCCCUGGCCGGCGCCGUGGUAAGUAAAUCAAGUUUCACACGUAUGUACUACAGUGUCACUAGUUUAUUUGCAAUCUGGCUUUUCUGUGGUUGCCGUGAUGUCAUGAGCCUGUGGUAAAUCAAGUAAAAAUUUCAAACAAAUUUAAAGCAGAAAAAUAGGAGAAACUAAACUAGAUCAAACACAAGAAACCAUAGCUCUUCUAGGGAUCGAUCAGCUGACGACCACUGUGUACUUUUGACCAAUGUAAGCUUAUGACUCUCAUGACGGUCUCGACAUCAUGCUUUCAUUGUGCUGGCACGUGUUUGUUAUACCAAACAAAUCUAGAGAUGCCUUGUUGCCUUUUCGAAUGGUUCAAAGCCCGGGGGUGGUUGUGGUGGUGGUGGUGGGGGGGGGGGGGGGGGAGGGAGUUGGUGUCUUUUUUUAUGGGUUGGGGGGUUUUGCCGUCCACACCCCCUCCCCACACAGAGUGUUUUUUGUCUGUUUUUUAUAGUACCCACCUCAUGUCACGUUUGUUGUUUACAUGUUUUUUUUCUUGUGUUUAUGUUUAUAUUUUUGUUUGGGGGUGUUUGUUUCAUUCUAACGAACAUGGCGAGGGCUUGUUUUGUGUGGGUGGCGGUGUGGGUGGGGGGUGGGGGGGGGGGUGGGGGGGGGGGGGGGGGGGGGGGGGGGGAGAGGGUACUUGGGUUAAUUUUUGCUGGGUAUGUGCCGUUGGCCUCUCAGAACCCCUACCCCAUAAUAGUCUAUUAUGUGGCCAUAUUAUAGACCCCAUCUUAGUCACUUUUGGAAAAAAGUAAUUUUUGCAAUCUCAACUUUUUCACUUUCUGUUUAUGCAUGAACUGACACAUUUGUCAAACUUAAUUUUUAUUUUUAAAUCCCUACAUACCUGUAUUUUCUGACCCCCAAAAUCCUGAAAAUGUGUGACCCCAGUCUGGUAACUCUUAUAAAAAUGCAACCCCAUAAUAGUCAAUCUAGUUGUGAAAAUGUGACACCAUCCAGUGGCACAUACCUAUUAGCCUACUACUAGAAGAUGUAGUAAUGUGACAAGAUGAUCCCUGGAUUGAUAUUCUGGUACAAAAGAAAGCAGAAUGAACCCUAAGUCCCCAUUAUAUAACUUUGAAAUACUGGUAGUACCCCAUGUUAUCAUGUCAGAGGGGUACAAGCAGAUACUUUGCACCAAAAAAAGUACUUGAAAAGUUUGGGUUGUCUGUAUGCAUGUCUGUCUAUAUGCACACCUGCAGUGCAGGGAGAUUCUGAUCAGUAGUGUUUUCACGCUUGCCAAUAGAAUUAAUAAUCUUUAAUAUCGUAGGGAAGUGUGACAGCCAUGACUGUGUUUUUUCCUUUGGAUACUGCAAGAACAAGGCUACAAGGUUGUGGUUAAGUUAUAAAUGUGUACAUUGCAGAAUAGUUAACAAUAAAUUAUUCACUCAUUACAAGUUUCCCUUUUAACAGAAAUUGGUGUAACAAUAAUAUUUUUUCAUAAUCUAUCAUCUUGAAAUGGAAUGCAAAGAGAGCACUUCCUCAGCCAUGAUUUCUAGAGAAUUUUUAAGUUCUAUAAUUAGGGACAGGUUAAAUCAUUCAUUAGCAUGCAAAAGUGAACAAACCUUACAUUCAUUGCAGUACUACCCUGACUGGAAGGUUAUUAGUCUAUUAAAACAAAAAUCAAUGGCUCUGACCCUGAUGAUGAUGAUGAUGAUGAUGAUGAUAAUAAUAAUAAAUAUUCAUGGUAAAUAAUAAGUAAUGGUAACAGGACUGAGUGGAGUCCAAUUCCGUUUGUAAUCAUACGAGUGAUUAACAAAAUUGCGGGAGUCCGAUUUGUUUAAUCACGAGUAUGAUUACAGACCAAAUUGGUCAACACGAAGUUCUGUUACCAAUUAAUCAUAACUUAAACAAAAUUUGCGAUAUAAUAGGCUAUUUUUAAAAUCAAAACACAGGAAAUUCUAAAUUUUGUUUUGCUGGCAGUGAAAAAAAAAAGCUAUUUAAGCAUGCGCGUGAUCGCGCGUACUAUCCAAUUACUUAGGCAUGACACGUACCGUCCUAUUAAACUGUCCAAUUAAGGCUGAAAUCAGGGCAGUUGAUAGCCAAUCAGAUUUGACAAUUUUGUUAAAGUUAUGAUUAUAAUAAUAAUAAUGAUAACGAAACUAUCAUUAUUAUUACUUUGUCAGCCUUUGUGUAGCCACAUCCUCCCCUAGACCUGGGAAAAACAGGUUGGGGAAGCUGUGUGUGGAUACAUGUUGGCUAAUACAUGUCUAUUGAAAAGACAUACUGUAAGAAUACAUCAUGGUGUCUCAAUCUUCAAGAAGGGAAGCCUUAAAUAUCAAUUUUGUAUUUUGAAGAAUCAUAAUGAUAUUGUAUUCAAUAUAAAAGCAAACCUUGUAGAACAAAACAAAAUUCUUUUAAUUUCUUCAUUUCUUUUAGUUGAUGAUAAAAGGAAAGUCAAGAAUACAGCCUAUGUGCUAAGGGAUAUAUUCCAAGAGGAAGGACUGUAUGUGAAGGACUUGUUAACUAGCUAUGGCUACUUUAUAUAUUAUUAUUUAAUUUAACAGGCACCUGAUUUCACCAAAAUGGAAGAGGGAAAUUUUGCUAGACUUCAAUUUUUUUAUUCUUUUUGGUAGAAAAUCAUGUUAAGAGAAAAAUAACUUUAUUAUUGUGGUGCAAAGUACUGUUAAGUUAGACUCCCAAGCUCAGUGAUUUUGUUACGUCUGCAUCCUGCAUCCCUGGCACCUGAAAAUCCCCAAAGACGCAAAAUACAGUAAUUCAUGGCAUGCAUCCUGUUGGACACGAAAGAUUGAUCGAUCAGUCCGAACAUGUGUUUUUGUGGAAAUAUCCAGCCCAUUUGUGUAAUUUCUGUGGCAAUUAUUAUGGCUGUUGUUUAACGAUGCAUAUUUCUUUUAGCGUUUGUUUUGCUUUAAAAUAGAAGGACUCGAUUUUAAUUUCAGUACAUUGUAAUAAAGAGUUUUAGAGUCUGUCUUCAUAUUAACUGUCUGGUUACAUAAAGGCCCUGCAAGCAUUUUUAAUUUUGGACUCGUUUUUCUUAAAACUGGGACUUAUUGGUUCUGGACUAGCACUCAUGAUUUUUCACAAGAUGAGUCCCAGGACACACCAUAACUAUGUCACAAAAUCACUGCAAGCUGUGUUUUUACCAUAACAAACUGUGUUAAUUUGAUUCCCUGUUGUUUUGAGUCAUUUUAAUUUCCUUUCUAUGAGUUGGACAGCUAAAGUCGCAUCAAACACAGAAUAGUAAUAUAUUAACAAUAAUUACUUUCUAAGUUUAUAGUAGAAUUCUAAGUAUAAGACAUUGCUACUGUUUGUUAUUUUUCAGGCAAUCUCUAUAUCGUGGUCUGCUACCAGUACUGUGCAGCCUUUAUUGUUCAAAUUUCCUUUAUUUUUACACCUUUAACGGCCUCAAGACUGUUUUUGUAGGAAAGGGUAAAACAUCUUCAUCAUUACAGGAUUUGUUAUUUGGAUAUUUGGCAGGUAUGGUGUUUUUUUUGUUGUUGUUGUUUAAAAAUAAACUCCCACAGAAUUGUUUUGGAACAUCAACAUGGCUUCUUUUGUCAUAUUGUUUUAGGAUGUCACCAAUAUGGCAGAUUUUGAGGUCAUAAGAAAAUGGUAAAAGAGUUGUAAACUAAAUCAAACUGAUCAGUAAUUUGGUUCUGACUGCAGUCAUCUUUGUUUUCAGGCAUUGUAAAUGUUCUAUUGACAACACCACUCUGGGUUGUGAAUACUCGCUUAAAACUACAGGGAGCUUCAUUUAGGACUAAAGGUUUAGAAACUAGUGAAACAAAGAAAUACAAAGGGAUUAUUGGUGAGUCUAUCUUUUCAGGCAAGAAAAUAAAUAGUUUUUGAUUCAUUAAAUACUGAGUGGUUUGUCAUAUUACAAUGUACGGCACCACAGAAUAUUCCCUUUCCAAGCUAAUUAAGGGUUAGGGGUUAUCAAAGCACCCUGUGUGCUUUGAUAUCUAUUUACCUCAAGUUUUAGUCAUCAGUAACUGUUAUUGGAUGUGGCUGGGUAUAGAAAGAAUUAUGCCAGUCGAGAAGCGUGUCAUACCACCCUCUAAGAUCUGCAUAAUUUUUCAUAUCACAUGCAGUCCCAUCCAGUUCAUUUGCUAUUGAUUUUCAUUCUCUCAAUGAAAAAGCAGCACAAUUCGAAUCUUUGGAGCAAAUGUGAAAGUCUAUACUUGUUUUUUUUUUUAUUAUUUGGGGGGAUUUUUUGGCUAUAGAAAUAUAACUGAAGUUGUUAUUGUAAUUGUCAUUGUAAUUAUAAUAUUUACACUCCCAUUGCCACAAAAUACAGGAAACAACAAAAGCCAAAAAUUAAAAAAACAUUUGUUCUGAUUGCUUCGCAGAUGGGUUGCAGCGAAUUAGCCGUGAAGAGGGCCUGGUAUCCCUUUGGAGUGGUACCGGCCCAUCUCUUGUUCUUGCUGGUAAUCCUGCUAUUCAAUUUAUGGUUUAUGAGGCAAUCAAAAAAUUUUUGAUGGAGGAUAACAAGAAGGUAUGUGCCGUCAUACCCCACCAAAAAAAUGAAUUAAAUAGGACUUGGUGACUAAAUUUAUUAUCAGUGCUGUUUCUGUUACUCAGAAUUCUGCCCAUAUUUUCUGACCUUGGGCUUGAUUGAAAUUAAUGUCUUUAAAUGCUGUAACCUGGUCAAUAGCAUAUUAGUGUCGUCUAUACAUUUUAGACCCAAUGAUUGAACGAAGCAUCCCAGCUAAUAUCUAGGACCGAGUCAAUUAUAACUGAUACACCCUCAAAUUUUGACACCCGAAAAUUUGGGAUCAUGAAUUGAAAAACGAGUAAUUCUUGAAUUUGCAAGAAAAGAAUGUACUCAAACCUCUGCAUUUGUAAUGAAAGUAUUUUUGCAUCGCCCCAUGGCGUAAUGGCUCAGUUAAUUCCAAACGUGCCCAUCUCCCCCAGUAUUUGUCGAGCACUUGUCAAGCUAUGCGUUCCCGCAGUGGGGCAUCAGUUCACAUCAAAGAUCACGCGGGCGGAGGAAAUAAGUCAUAUUCUCUACCAUCUAUUAAAAAGGAAAACUUGAAAACUUUCUGUUCGAAUUCUCCGAAAAAAGCGCUCUUCUUUACCAAAUCUUCUGCUGUGGUCGUGCUUAUGAAAAAAAGCCGCAAUUUUGAGGUAUUGCCUCUUGCUUUUAAGGUAGAUAUCAGUGAAUUUCACGCCUCCCUUAAAACUCCGGUCCCUCAAGUCAAGUAAGUGAUUUUGAUACCUUACCUUAUAAUUGGUGUUUUUGUUUUUUUAUGUGAUUAUGGUUUGCAGUCUUUACGUGGAAGACAAUAUUUUGCACUGGGUGCAGUGGCCAAAACUGUUUCCACUGUGGUAACAUAUCCUCUUCAAGUGGCACAGUGUCGGCAGCGGGUAAGUUACUCCAGGCGCUUAACACUUGCUCAACACGUGCCUAACACGUGGUCUGUUACUUCGUGUAGUGGACACUGGGGAGAAUAAUAGCCUGCGUGGCAGGCGAAAAAAGGGGAGGGAGACGGGAAGGGAGAAAAGCACUACCCCCCUCCCUUUUUCCCUACCCCCUACCCGUUUCGACGCCUGCUACGCAGGCUAGGGAGAAUACUUCAUAGUAAUAGGUGACCCUCUUAAAAUAAAUAACAAUUAUUCACCGAAAUGGAGGUAGCUAGUCCUGGAAAUUUACCGAACUGCAAAGCAGUGAGGUAAAUAUCCCCGACUAGCCACCGACACUGAGGUGAAUAAUUGUUUUAGUAUAUACUAAAACAGUGAGAUAAUUGAGCACAAAAAUGACGAUUUUUAACUCAAUACUGUUGCCAACGAUUACAAUUUUGGCGCGUAAUGACCAGGCGGCCGCGGCCGUCGCUUCUUCUUACCGACAAUUAAAACUUUUGAAGGCAUUUGUUUAGCUCUUGCGAGGAAAUUUCUUCAAAAGGAGUUGUGAAUUCUUUUUGUAUUUAAAAUCAUUCUUUAAAAAAUGAUUAUUAAAUUUAGUUUUAAGCUUAUUUAUGAACAACUCAACUAAAUAAAGUAACGCAAGACUAAACUUAAUUUGCAUUUUUAAAUUAAUUUUUUUUCACCUGUUUUAUCGAUAAAUUCGUGUCAAAAAGACAAAGCUUUACCUGUUAAAACUUCCAAUCCGAACCUCGUCACCUUCUUCGUGUAUUUCGAAAACAGCUUGCUUGAUUAGUUGUGAAAUUUCUUUGUUUGUUUACGGCAGCAAACCGGGAAGGCAUUUUGCUUGCAACUUACGCGAGUUUGGCGUCGCUCGCUCGGAGGAACUGGAGGUGAAUCAGUGAAUAGUGCAGGAUAUUCACUGAUUGAGUAGCCAAUCAGAGCGCGCAAAAAACGCUAUCCACUGUUUUAGUGUAUACUAAAAAUAAAUACGUUUAUUGGAAGAGGGGGGAUUGGGUAGGGUAUAAGGGUUGUUGUGGGAAGCGCGUGGGUGUGGGUGAAUGUCGUGGGUAGAAAAAAGUGUCUACUAGACAAAAUGAUAAAGUAUAGUAAUUGAAAGAAAAAAGUAAAUAGAAAAAAGUUACGAAACGAAAAUCUCCGACUCCUUGAUUGCCCUUUUCACUGCUCCUUCUUCGUCCUCUUCCUGUUUUUUCCUUAGCCACGUGGGAGUUGGUUCCCCUUUCACAACACUGUAUAAAAGACAUGUUGCCGAUGAAGAUUUAUCCAUACCUGAGCGAUCGCCGCGAAAUGAACGAAACAGACGAAAAAUAGGUCGAAACGUGCAAUUUGCAGAAGGUAUGGGACGGCUCUGACUCGCUGAAUGGAAAUAGCUGCUUAAUCUUUAAUCUUUAUUUGAUCUACAAUUCCAAUGAUCAGCGGAGAUUUUUGAACACGAUGGAAUGCGAUCACCGUGGGAUAGGAACUUCCAAUCCGAACUUCGUCACCUUCUUCGUGUAUUUCGGAAACAGCUUGCUUGAUUAGUUGUGAAAUUUCUUUGUUUGUUUACGGUAGCAAACCGGGAAGGCAUUUUGCUCGCAACUUACGCGAGUUUGCCGUCGCUCGCACGGAGGAACUGGAGGUGAAUCAGUAAAUAGUGCAGGAUAUUCACUGAUUGAGUAGCCAAUCAGAGCGCGCGAAAAACGCUAUCCACUGUUUUAGUAUAUACAGGUUAUUAUUAACGUAAAACGAAAGAACCAACGUAUUUACUACUCCCCACUAGAUUUGUUUUGUAAGUUUAUUCCAGUAUUACGUGACCAGGUGCAUGAAAACCUCGCUGUGGAGAGAGAUGGUCACUAGUGAAAGCUUUCUGGUUUUAGCCUGGUUACUCCCAAAGCAACGUUAAAGAUCAGAGCUCUUAGUUCUCAUCUUCAGCGGCUUCACCGUUUGUAGACAUAUUAAAUUCUGCAAGCAGAAUACUGCAAUGCUGAUCGUAAUACGUGAAAAUUUACUCUGCAUUUGUAGUUUAUUUCCUCCAACACAGCUCCGUUAAAUUCAUUGCGUUGGUUACAAAGUAAAAUUAAUGGUAACGCUCUUGUCCUCUUUCUUCAGUCCGGACAAAAAACACCCAGUGGCAAGGCAGACAUUUUCUCUCUCAUGGCGAGAAUUGUCAAGUACGUAUUCAAGCAAUAUAAAGCUUAGUUGCUGCAAAAUACCAUUGAUAAUCUAAUCUGCAGAUUUGUUUAAAAAAAAUGAAAGUGUUAAUUUGGUCGAGUUCACUUUCGUUGAUCAGCUUGUGGAAUCCGUCUGAAGGAUUUUUGGACCGCAGUUAGUAGCUUGCUCCAGGCGAGCGCGGGAGUAGUAUUUCCCUUCAUUUUCCCCAUUUACGAUUUAACUCGCUUCCCAUCAGCUGAAUGCGGCCGGGGCUCUGCUUUUGAACGCCUGGAACAGGCUAGACAGUGCGGGUUGUGGCGGACGGAGGGACGGGUGCUCGGGGUUGUUAGAGAUAAUAUAUAUAACAUGGAGUCCUAGGUAUAAUACUUCUGGAAGCUAUAAAACGUAUUUUAGAUGCCGGUUAUUUAGCCGCGUGAGGAGGUACUGUAUAGCGCUUGGCGCGAACACUCGUCUCUCGCGUUUGACUGUCUCCCCCUCCGCGCUCAGCUUAUGCUGGCUAUUUGGGUUAGAAAUUUCCCGUCGGAUUUUUUUUCAGGGGUGGGAUGGAAAGGGGUGGAUUGCAAAUAUUUUAACGACAGGGUUAUAUAGGCUUUCAUUGGCAAUGAACGUAAAAGGCAUUUUAGCAUAUCACACUUUCGUCUUACCAAAGUAUUAGCCCGAACGACAGGCGUUUCUAUAUCGUGGGGGUUCAGGCGGGUUUUUGGGUGCAAACGGUAAGCUGACCGCGGAUUGCUUUAUGUUAUAAUCCAGAUAUUUGCGGUAUAUUGUUCUUCAUCUCCCCGCUUGGCAACUGUUUCAAAGGUUGUACUUUUUGAUGAUUUACGACGUAAAACCUGCACAAAAUACUGAACCACGAGAUUAAGGGUUCCUUUUCUAUAUCGGUUUGAUUUCGGCAUUUUACGGCGAAGCAGCCAGAAUUCGGUGAUAUUCUUUUUUUGUGUGGUGUUAAUACAACCGCUGUAAUGAACAAUACAAGAGGAGAAAAAACACUAGUGGUGCCUCUUGAAUAGUUAGUUCAUAAAAUACAUCUUCCUUUAAUCUAAUAGCAGUCUUGCUAUUUUAAAUCAUGCAAGUACAGAUACAGUUGAGCGACAAAUGUUCCCACAGUUGACUUCACGCAUGUAAAUUUGUGUUUUAAAAACCGUGUAACAAAGAGACCUCGUGAUAUUUUUGGGUGCAACCACAUGACAAAGUAUCUAUGUUGCUUGAUAGAACCAGAACAAUAAAAUGUUUGCAAAGAGUUUGCUUGAGAAAAGAGCGGAGGGAAACGCUUUUGGUGCCGUGCAAACCAGCAAUAGACUGGGUGUACAUUGGACACAGCAUUCGGUGUAUUUAUUCGUAGACCUUAUAAUAUUACCCUGCGAGCAGAGGCCUUUAUCGAGAAAGAUCGAAGGGCCUCUUCUCGAAAGGUAAAUAAUAUAGGGAGUAGCAAUUAAACCAAUUAUUAUACUGAGUGUAAUACUUGGCAAAGGGCAGAUAUAAUGUUGCUAAUAGUUCAACUAGUGAAACUUAUAUCCCUCGAGCGGCACCAUAAACGAACAAAAAGAAUAAAAAAAAUAAUGAUAAAUGCAAAAGCGGUUUUAUAUAAAAACAAUGAUGAAGUUUUUUUCACUCUGUUAAAAUAACAUAAUGGUUUUUAUUCGUUAUUCCGCAGGGAUCGAGGUUUUAUUGGACUUUAUAAAGGCCUGGAGGCUAAGCUUCUUCAAACUGUGUUAACAGCCGCUUUAAUGUUCGUCGCUUAUGAAAAAAUCGCUGCAUUUAUAUUUAGGUUACUUCGGAAAAGUUCGAGAUAGUCUAUGAAAUAUUUUUGAAAGGAAGUGAUUUCAGUAAAGCAGAUUUCUGAAAACCUAAUUAAUAUAGAAUAAUAUACUAUUAACAAACUUGGCCGGUUGCUUAAACAAAUUACAACUGAGUUCGCGAUUUAAGGCGAUCUGUGCACCAGCAGAUCCGUUCAAGAAGAUUAUUUUUUGGAGCCAGUUGUUUUUCUACACUACACCAGUUGCCUUCUUGAUAUUAGGAAGCCGGAAGCGGACUUUUUGCAUUCUUUGACAGUGGUUUUUCCCAAAUUUUCCGGCAAAUCGUCUCUGUAAGACUGAAAGACACUUGGCAAUUGACCACUACAGAAAAUAACAUACCAUACCAUAAUGCUCUUUGUUUGCCACCCCAAUGGCAAGAGAAUCAAAAUGGCCCUAAGAGAAACUGAAGACAAUGCUUAUGCAAAAUUUUGGGGUGACAAACAGAGCCUUAUGGUAUGUUAUGGUAUUUUCUGUAGUGGUCAAUAGCAAUUUGUUCGCGUCAAGGCACAUCGAAGGGAAAAGGCUUUACUUCCGGCUGACGUGCUUCUCCUCAUACACGACUUUGCGUGCGUUUCGCGUAAGCACCUUACUGUGUACAGUAAACAACGUUCAGAUAUUGGUGUUGGCCAAAUUGAAAACACUUGAAACACUGUUUUGUUAAACGACCGCUACACUUCGUUUGGCAACCGCCCAUUCAUUUUAUGAAUUAAAGCGAAAAUAAUCCAAACCAAAUGGUUACAAUACAGAGAUAUGCACAAAUGUUUUUUAUUCUGUUUGACAUUUCAUGUUUUAGCAAGUCUUUGAAAGGGCAUUGCUAGGCGUUUUAGUAUUUUUUUUUUCAUCGUCAUUUAUCCAUUCGGCAUUUCCACAUCUCCAAUAAGACACCUUGUUUGCCCCCCAAAAACUUUGCAUAACCUUUGUUUUUUAUUUCUCCUCGUUAUUACAGUCGUCCCAAGAGAAAUUCAAGACAAUGCUAAUACAAGGUGUAUCAUGGGUGAUGUGCAAAUGGCGAUAUAGAGACAUUUAAGCACGUAAUUUAUGUCUGUGAUGAGAUCCUAAGCUGUAAUCAUUUGAAACUUUCAUGAUACUCUUUGGUUUUAGAAUUUUGCAAAAUGAACUUUGGGGAUUUAUUUAAAUUUCGGGUUUUAAUAUUUUGGCAAUAUUGCGUGUAGCAGUUUAUUUAACGGUACUCAUAAGGCGCCUGUAGAAAAUGGACUGGAAUCGAAUGGGAUUCAGUGAAGCACACUGCGCAUACUCGUUUUUCAUGU